AUGGCAACAGGCAAAGCAAAAACCAUUGAUGAAAUUGAUAAUAUGAAGGAAAUGUUUGAUGUGAUGGAAGCCCUUGAAAUUUCAUACCCAGAUUUACAGAAGUUAGACGAGAUGAAAAGUCGAGCAAAGUCUGAAUUUGGACAGCUUCUUAGCAUUUCCCGUUGGACUGCUGGUGAGGUAAGCAUUUUGUUUAUCGUAGAAAGAGUCUUCAUCACUUUCUAGAGCGCUAUUUCUUAUCUCAAAUUGUUUUGAGGAUGUCAAACGGUAACAGCGUUGUUUUAUUUUUUGCGUUGUCAAUAAACAGAUAUGAAUUUAGCGCAUGGUUUAACUCACCACUGUUUUUGUAUCUGCAUUUCUAAAUUUUAAGUUCCAUUGAAACAAUCCAUUACGCUUGGUAUUACCGUAUCGUGCAAAAGUGAUGUAAACGGAAUUCGGCGAAUUUCGUUAAUUGUUCUGGCGAUCUUUCGUCGAAAGUUCGAACGAAAAUUCGAUCGAAAGUAAGAGGCCUGUGAAGCGACAUUUCGUUUGAAUAGAGGACGCUUUUUAGUUGAAUUUUCGCCAUGAAGCGAAAACUCGUGGCGGAAAGUGUCUCCUCGAUCAUUUGUGUUCGAAAUUUCACUUCGAACUGACAACAGCCUUCUGCGAGUGAUCAAGUUUGUUUACAGUUCAUGUAAGCAACACGAAAUAUUUCUAAACAUAUUUCCAACCUUUUUCAACCACCACGACAGAGAUACUUAAUAUUUGAGACUAAACACAGAAGACUAAAGCACUAAACACCAAAAAGUCAUCACGUCCGAUUCCAGGCUCGAUCUGUGGAUGACAACGAAAAUCGGCUACAUGUAAAUUGUCCUAAAUUUUUGCCUAAAUUUUGGCAUGAUUUGCCAAUACUUAUUUUGCACUGUUCCCUCAUACACUGUUCGCUUCUAUAGGCAGCUUUUGAGGUCUUACCGAUCGAGGUAAAUUUGCCACGGAACCGGUGAGACGCAACUUUCAAAUAAUGCGCGUAGUACUGGAAAAGCUCACUAGUAACCCUUCCCGUUUCAACACUUUCAGUAUUUCAGCUGGGUGGAGGCCUUGCUUGUGGAGGAUCUUAAUUUUUUAGUAGAAUAAUUUGAAACUUUGGCCACGAUGACUAACAAAAGUAGAGUACGUAAAUGAUCCCAAUCGCAUCGACACAAUUGAUACACUGAGUGUUGUCAUGGUUGCAAACAACAUAGGUCGCGCGGAGACUCAGUCGUAGCGGGAAAUUCCAUGGGAGUUUUACAGAGAGCAGUACCGAACCAAAAAUUCAACCAAAUCUUUUUGAAAGAAUGAACAAUAGCAACGAAUUUCCGCCCCGAAUAUUCGCCGCAUAGAACGAAUUUCCGCUCAAAAUUUCGAGUCGCAUUAACGCCAUCAAGGAAUAUGUCGCCGAAAGUUCGAGCCGUUCAAAACAAUACAUCCCUCGAAAAUUCGCGUGGAAAUUGUCGUGGAAGUUUUGUUUCGGUCAAGAAUUCGUCGAAAAGCCGGGAAUUUCGUCGAAUUUCGUCGAAAGGUGUUUGCAUUACUUUUGCACAAUACUGUACCAUCAUUAACUAAUCAUACGAAAUUACUACAACCGUCCACGUGGUUGUGAGGUACGGAGUGCAAAAUCAAAAGUAGUUUGGAUAGCUUUUCAAGGGUUUGCAGUGCUAGUCGGGCCACGAAAAGAAACAUGUGAAAAGGGACUUAGGAAGGAGGCCUUAUCGAAGCGACAGAACAUUUUAAAUUGGAAUUCAUAACGAUGUAAUCCAAGAAGAACAUUGGUAGAACACGAAAAAAGCCUGUAAAUCAUUGGCCGUCGGGCAAGUCAGUUGAUAUGCUUUUCGAAUGUUCUUUAAACAUCCCAAGUUACUUUUUUCUCACAUAAAAAAGGGAAACAAGUUAUUACAUAUAUGAAAUUAUCAUAUGAAGAGAAAAAUAACCGUAUCACCUAUUCUGUGAUCUAGUCGCUGAUUUUUUAUUAGACCCGUUAAACUUUAUCAGUAAAUUAACACAUAGUUACCGCAAGAAAAGGAACAACAGCGACAACGACUGAAUUAGUAAAUAAGGUAGCACCACAACCAGAGCGAAACCAUAAGAAAGCUUUUCGCGUGCAAAUUGAAGCAAAAACUUGAUUCUGUUACGGUACACUGACUACUUCAAAGUGGACGACGAAAACGCGAAAGUUGCCGGUUCGUGAGUGUUUUUUUGAAAGCUUCUUCAGUAUAGCGGUUCUUUGCGCAAAUUCAACUCAUUUAAAAUUUCCCCUUCUUAUGAAGUUCAUAAUAAAUUCUUUAAAAAAUCUGGUUUCGCUGUAUUAUGACUGAUGAAGAGGAGCAAAUUAAAAAAACGACAUGCUGAGCUAUGGGCAGAAUCUCAAUCGCCGUCAAUUAAUUUUACUCUCGAUGCAGUACUUUCCUUUCAUUUGAAUUCUCCCAUUUCUUCCAUUUAUAUCAGUGGUUUAACUGACCCAUCCAUACAGUCAAAAGUGAGAGCUAUAAAAAGCUGGUAAAAAUUAAAAUUGCAAACUCAUAUCGCAGACAGUAAACAAACGGAAUCGUUUCGAACUCCAACCUAAUGAUUUUCUUCUCUAUGUGGAUAAGAUCUUAAGGAAACUUUCGAAUGAAAUACUCUUUUAAGUUAUUACUACUUAAUAACUGAAGCAAAAAAAAAAACCCCAGAAAUUUUGACUUUCUUUUAGCUCCUUCAUUAUUAUUCAGACUAUAGCGCAACCUUUCGAUUGCAAUUCAAACCAUCGUCUCGCUUAGAAAAUAAAAAUUACUUUAUCAGAGGGACGUUAGUAUAUGAAUAGUCCUCUUUCUUACGCUCGCUAAUGGCUUGACUACAUUUUCUUGUAUAAAUUCUACUUUCCAAUGCUUUCAUUAUCUUUGCGGGUGUUUUUGGAGUAAUAAAACAAACUUGAACAAUGGAUUGAUUGAUCCUAUGAUGCGUGCCGUGUACAGUUCCUUUAUGAAUUACAAUCAUUACUCCUGGAACCCUUCAGGUAUCAUUCCCAGUCAUGAUACCAGAAUCUCUUCUAAACGGUGACAAUUUCACUAUACAAAACAGCCAUUUCUUGUAUAUUUACAUGCGAACGUUUUGUCCUUUGGCCUUUUCUGUUUUAUCAAAAAUUAAAGACGAAGAUGCCAAGGUUAAGGAAUUCCUGCUAAGCUUUUACCGCGAGGUUGAAACGUGUUAUGAUGAUCUAGAUGACAAUAUUCAAACUCUGCUGAAGAAGAAAAUGGGCAAUGUAAAGGAGAAGAUGAAAAGUAAUCAAAUAAAGAUGAAAAAAGAAGAUUACUACCUUUUAGUGGCAGGUACAUUUAAUUGUAUCAUUUCUUAAAAAAAAGGAUGUUUUGGUUGGGGUUGAGAAAAGAGCCGAGAGAUUUGUAAUGUAUUAAAGACAGUCUAAGCACCCAUUUCCAUGGAAAGAAAAAGCUAAUCUGUUCUCAAAUAUCGAUUGCACCCACUCCUCUCAUGAAAAUAUUUCACGCUCCGAAGUGAAGAGUAGCCUGCUUAUUAUAUUUUAUGCCUCAGCAACAACGCAGAGGAAGAAAGCCUAAUUACACAGGAUUGUCCGAUCUCCAAAUUGUUAGUAGACCGGUGCUAUUUGAAUAACCAUGACCACGAACCUCUUCAUUUACCGAUGCGUUUCAUUUUAAGGUGAGACUGGAUCUGGAAAAACCAGUUUGAUUAAUCUCAUUCUUGGAGAGGAGCUCCUUCCCUUUUCUAUUGUAAGCAAUACGUCCACCAUAUGCGAGUUGAAAUACGGAGAAGAACGAAGAAUUGUUGCCCACUUUAAAGACAAAGACCUGGCAACGCCAUUGCCCACGAAAACUUUCAACCUGGUCGAGCCUCAAACUUCUCAAAAAAGUUAUCUUGAGCAGAUCUCUCCAUUUAUCCAGAGUGGUCGGGAAAAAGGCUCGAUUUACAAGAAGGUAGAACUCUAUUGGCCUCACCAACUUUUGAAGGCACCAUCAGUUAUCAUCCAUAUGUAUACCCGUUAAGCCGUUGGGUCUCGUCGUUCAUUCCGAAGCCUUUUUAGGCGUCAACGUUUUUGAAAUCAAGUGUAUGUAAUUGUUAUCACAAUUAGGCACUUUCAGCUCUGUAGGAGAAAAUAAUCUUAGAAUAUCACUGGUUCGCUUUCAGAAUGGAGUUGUUAUUAUUGACAGUCCCGGUGUUGGCGACUCUGAAAUCAUGGAUGAAAUAGUUACAGAGUAUCUGCCUGAGGCCUUUGCAUUUACUUACGUCAUCAACUGCACAAACGCUGGAGGAGUUCAGAAAGAUAGAGUAAGUCUAAAUAGGAUAUAACUCUUUAACAAUUUUAAAAAACUCUUUCAUCAGCAUCUGGUAUCGGUGUAUCCAAAACACACCGUGCUCAGCGUGGAACAUUCUGAAGUAAGCCAUGAUCAUGACUCAGAGUAAGUUAAGAAAACGUGCAACAAAACUCGCAGGAUCUCUUUAAAGAAGAGAUAAAGGUACUCAACUCUGAUUAAUAAAUCUCUCAUGUAGGAUCAAAACAAGUUAAAUUUGACUUUUUUCCAAAUUUCAUCAGUCAUUAGACAGCAGUCGCAUGAAAGAUGCAUUUGUAUUUGAUUAUCACGAAUGAUAGAUUUAUAAAAAUCAAAGUGACUACACAUAAGAAAUCAUAGUGAUUCAAAAUAAAAGGAUUACCUGAAUAGAAUACAACGUAACCUUAAAUGGUAAAUUACAGUUGGGAAAGUUGCUGGAGGGCGUCAAAGAAAAACGCAAGGAAGAAGAGUUUACAUCCACCUGUGCCUUGUUCGUGUGUAACAAGUGGGACCAAGUGAAAGAAACAAAAGAAGAAAAAAAAGUGGAGAAUCAUGUCAUCGAAAAGUUAAAGAAGUUUUAUCCUCAUAUUGUCCCGGAGAAACAGAUCGUUCAAAUGUCAACGAAGAAUGCCAGGAUCGCCCAAAACUACGGGAUCAUAACCAAAAGAUUUUUUUCUCUGAUGAAUUGUAUGAGAUCGAUGGUUUUAAGAAGCGUCAAAGCCAGGCUGGGAUUUUAUUGGAGGUAAGCACCUAACUGUUAGUAUGCUCAUGUGGUCAUAUGCUCAUAUGCUCAUAUGCGUCGGUUAAUGCGAGGUGAAAGGGAACAACACAACAAGUGUUCCUUUUUGCAGUGUAGAGGAAAAUUGGAGAACGGGGUAAGGAGUUGUAUGAAACAUUUAAAAAAUAGGUAACUAGCAAUACAUGGUCUCAACCAAUGUCUAAACAAAGGUUUUUUCCCACAGAUAAAAGCUUCCAAGGGGUCAGUAAAACUGUUUUUGUCUACAUUUGUAUCGCCUCGACAAUACUCUGUUGAUCCUUGGUAUUGUGUUUGUUUCAUUAGGUGGCUUUAUGAACUUCUUUCUCAAAUAGUUUACCACGCAAAGGCCCAUGUGAAAAAUGCUACUAGAGAUCAGGAAGAAAUCUUAAAAUUGAUUACCACUGUUCGCACUCGUUUGAGUUGCAUCGAAGAAAAAAAAAAUGAAUACAUGCAAGAUCUCCGCACUCAUCUGGAGGGUCGAACCAAGGAUGCAGUAAAGAACCUAUCCAAUUAUCUUUGCUCGAAAGCCAUAAAAUCGCGAUUUACCCCGUGGACCUCGGAUGAAGUACCAAAGGCAGAAUCAUCCUGGGAGGUGACAGAGAGCAACAUCACAAAGGUUAUGGAAAACCGCCUGCAAGAGAUCAUAAAACGUUGGGAAGAAGACAACCAUGCGUUUGCAGAUACGUGUGAGUCUCUUGUUCGGCACUUCAAGGAACAGUACAAUCGUUUUGAAGGAGAACUCCGUAUUCUACAAGGAGCUUUAUCAUCUGACGAGAUCAUGCCACAAGAUCAACGUGAAGCAGGCUUCGAACUUACCAUAACAGACAAGAUUGCCAUUUUUGUUACAAGCCCUAUCUGGAUUCCGAUUUCUCUGAUUAUCUUGGUGGUUGGUGCCCCUAAGGUUGGCGUAAUGGCGAUUAUGAGCAAGUUGAAGGACAAAGGAAGGAUUAGAGAUUAUGAUGAGAACAAGUGUGCUUUCAUGAGAGAUGCAUCCACCGAAUACUUGAGUUGUGUUACGAAAGAAGAAGCUGCGCUCAUGAACUUCGUGAGGGACCAACUGAGAGAUGCCGCUCUGUGUUUGAAGCAAAUUGAAACCCGUAUUCCAAAGCUGAUUGAGGCUGACAAAUUGUUGUGUGAACAACUUUUGGAGGAAAAACGGUCAAAAAAAGACGUAAAAGACACCUAUGUACCGAUGUUGGAUGCAGCUUCUGAGAUCAGAGGUCGGUUGGCCGUUUUUGGAUUUGAAGAGGAUCUUGAAGCCGGUAUCAGCAGCGAGAUGUUGGACCUAAAAGGCCAGUCAGACUGUCUGGGUCGGGGUGCUUUUGCCUCUGUUUACAGAGGAAUUAUGAAAACUGAGAACGGAGACGAACAAACUGUGGCGUUGAAGAUUUGCACUGCGCCGCUUAAAGCAGAUAAUGCCUGUGACAUAAUAAAUGAAAUUGAACUUUUAAAGUAAGUAUUUUAAUUUUCCCUAAAUUUCCAUUACUCAAAAUGCAUUUGAUACACAGACUGGCUGAAGAAGUAAAAGGAAAAAAAGCCUUAUCCCAAGGGAAAGGCUCCUCAAAGCAUACAGGACUUUUGCACAACCACUAUUCUUGUUUCAAUCACCAUUAAAUAUGUUAUUUAAUUGAUCCUCGGGCGUGUCAUUAUAAGAUUACGACGGGGUAACCUAAUGAUUUGCACGCUGCCCUUCCCAUCGAGAGGUUAGCGUUGAAGUUCUAGCCGGUACUCUGAUGCUUUUUGCAGCCAGAAGUCGAAAUGAUAUUCCAGCGUACUGUUAGGGAAACCUAACUAAGCGCUGUUCGGGAAAACUUGCGGAGGAUUACCUUCCGUCUUAAGAUAGCCAGAAGACUGGUGAGGGGAUAUUUCCUUGGGAUUCCACUUGUAGAGACGAUACGCGAAAACAUUAUCAGGAUUUUUUUUCCCUUCCUAUGAAAUUAAAGAAAGUAAAUUAGCAACAUGACUUUCUACAGCUUUUCUUCUUUAAUUUUGAAAAUUUUCAUGCACGUUUAUCUUUUCAACUGAAACUUUUGCGCUUUUACUUUCUUCACCAGAAAAUUAAAGCAUCCCAACGUUGUCACUUUUCAUGGCACGUCGCUUCUCAAGGAAGAUGGCGAAACCCGGGUAAUACUAGUCAUGGAAUACUGCACGGGAAAUGUAAAGCAUCGCAUUUUCAGUAAUCCAGAAAGAGCCCUUGCCAAGUCCAUGAAUGCCGAUGCCAAAAGAGACGCCUAUAAAUGGAUAAAGCAGAUAGUCGCUGCCCUGUCCUUCAUUCAUGAUCAAAGAGUCGUUCACAGAGAUCUCAAGUUGGAUAAUAUAUUGGUAUGAAACUGAGAGAAAAGUUAUAGUUAUUGGCGAUAUAACAUACACGCCGUACUUAUCGGACUAAAGUUUUCAUUUGGGUACUUUAAGCAACUCUUUGGCUCUUGCAAAAUCUGUCGCUGACCAAGCUUUUAAUGCUAAGAUUGGUCAUUUCAGUGGGUAAAGUUGUUUUUCUUUUUCAGGCCUAAAUAUCUCUUCACUGCACGAGACACAAAUAGAAAGGAAAAAUUAGUUUGACCAGCAUUGAGCUAUUUCAGGUUUUAUUCGAAUUAUGACAAAACAACAAAUUAUAAUUCCUUUAACACGAGUUUCAGUGAGAAAGAAUCCUCAAAAAAUUCUGUUAUAUUGUGAUGACCAUGACAUAAUGCUAGAUCAUCCUACUGCGCUUUGUUUAUUUAUUUAUUUUUCCAAUUUAAAAGCUGUCAGCAACAAAUACAGUGAAGAUAACCGACGUUGGCGUUUCCAAGGCUGUGAACAAGAUCACAGGAACUUUGGCGGGAACACCUGUUUAUAUGGCACCGGAAGUGUUCCACUCUCAGCCAUAUGACACAAAAGCAGACAUAUACAGCCUGGGGAUAAUUUUAUGGGAGAUGUGGUAUGGGCAGCAGGCCUUCAGUGAAGUCAGUAACAUACCAAGUCAUGUAGCUCUCUUUGCCAUGGUGGAUGAGGGCCUUCGCCCAGAACAUGUGAAAGGUUGUAAUGAGCCCCCACGCCGUUGGAAAGAGUUGAUGGAGAGUUGCUGGAACAAAAAACCAGAGGAACGCCCAUCAGCUUCGCAUUGCCUCAAGGAAGCUAUUGAACUUCCUGGAGAAGCAGAGGAAGUCCUGUAA